UGCAGUUUCGCAGUACGCAAGCUUUCGAACGCUUCUUUCCGUCUUUUCUCUGCAUUUUAUUCUUUUUUAAGUAAGUUUUUCUCUAGAUAUUUUAUUAAAACUUAUUAAAAGUAAGAUAAGUUAAGUAUAUUUAAAAGAUUUCUGCAUAUUACUUAAUUGUUAACUUGAAUACUUAAUGAAAAAUUCGUAGAGAAAUACAAUCUCUCCUUUUUUUAACAGUAAAAAGUAGCCGCCAUGUCUGACGAAGAAGAAGUUGUAAGUGAAGAAGAAAUGAGUGAAGAAGAGGAAGAAAGCGCACCUAGCAGUCCAACUAGAAAAUCGGCUCCAGUAGAGGACAGCGGACCAUCCGAGGCGGAAUUGGCUAUGCAGCGUCGGCGCCAACAAUGGCGAUCAGAAUUUGAAGGUCAAGGUUUGGAUGAAUUUACCAGGGAAGUUUUGGAGCAGAGCCGUUUAGAAAGAGAGAAAGAGGAGGAGGAAAUUGAAAUCCUUCGUAGGAGAAGGGAACAACGAAAGAAGGAACGUGAAGAGGAAGAAAGGAGAAUGGCUGAGAGAAGAGCUGAGGAAGAAGCUAGACGAAAAGCUGAGGAAGAGGAGAGGAGAAGACAGAAGGAUAGCUUGGAAGCUGAACGUAGGGAGGCCCGCGAAAAGAAAAUGGCUGAGAUGCAAAAAUGGAAGAACCCACCUAAACCAAAUUUCGUUAUCACAAAGAAAGCAGGCGAAGGAGGAGGAUCUUCGGAGACGGACGGUGCUAUAACUGGACAAAAGACAAAGGAACAAAUUGAAAAUGAGAAGAGAAAUACAUUAGCCCAAAGAAUUCAAAAACUGGAAAUUUCUGGUUUUGAUUCUUCUAAAUUAUCUGAAAAAGCUAAGGAAUUGCACAAUUUGAUCUAUCGUCUAGAAAGUGAAAAAUAUGAUCUGGAAGUCAGAUUCAAACGCCAACAAUACGACAUGAUGGAAUUGGCCGAAAAAGCACGUCAAAUGACAAAGGGUGGAAAGGGCAAGAAAGUACAAGUAUCUGACGAAGCGGAUAAAAUGCAGGAGCUUUUCGCAGGAUGUCCCGCCAAAAUUGAAAUGUACAGCAAAUACGAAAGACAAAAGGAUAAGCGAAACUAUGUGUCGCGAAAAGUCGUAUUUGCAGGGCCAGUUUAUGGAUAUCCCGCCCCACGCAUAAAUCCUAAACGGGCAGUUGUUUGGGAUGACGCUGGCCUUCCGCAAUACGUUGAAAAAGAAGGAGAGGAAGAGAAUCACGCCGAACCUCAAGCUGAGGAGGCUGCCGAGUGA